GCGCCGAGCGGGCGAUGGGCGGCGGGGCGGGGGUUUGAAGGAGCGGCGGCGGCGGCCGGGCAGGUGACAGGAAGCUCCAAAACUCUGAGUACAGCUGAGAUGUCUUAUCUGCCCUUCAAGCUGAGAAUCUUUGGUUAGAGGGGGGUCCUCACAGGCACCACCAGGCCGUGCCAACUUCUCCAGCUGUCCCUGCAACUGGAACUUCUCCUAGCCACUCCUGCAACAUUGGCAGCCUUCAAAGGCUCUAGAAUGCCAGGGCCAGCUGGACUCGGGUUGCCCACCUGAUCCUCAUUGCCUGUGUCCUGCCAGCACAUCAUGUUGCGCUCCUGGCGCAUGAAGCUGAAGUUGCUGCUCGCCACAGUGACCCUGGCUAUUCUCCUCUCCUGGCUGUACCUCUUUGUGGGAAGCCUCGAAUAUGGCCGCUUCCUCCUGCUGUCCCCCUGUGUGGGUGAGCAGCCGAGCCGGGAUGUGGAGCGGGAGGCGCUGGCCUCACGUGUGCGCAGGGUGGAGGAGGAGAAUCAGCAGCUCCGGCUGCAGCUUGGCCAGGCUCAGGCUGAGGUCAGCGACGGCAGCCCGCAGUGGGGGGCUUCUGCCGAGGACAGAGACCCCCCUGGGGGCGAGAGGAGCAACCACACAGCCUGUCCCAAGCAGCGGACAGUGCACAAGUGCGAGCUCCUUCACGUUGCGAUUGUGUGUGCUGGGCACAACGCGAGCCGGGACGUGGUCACCCUGGUGAAAUCCAUCCUCUUCCACAGGAAAAACCCCCUCCACUUUCACUUCAUCACGGAUUCGGUGGCCCACCAGAUCCUCCAGAUGCUCUUCCAGUCCUGGAUGGUGCCUUCCGUCCACGUCAGCUUCUACAAUGCUGAUGACUUGAAGCCAGAGGUGUCAUGGAUCCCCAACAAGCACUACUCUGGCAUCUACGGGCUGAUGAAGCUGACACUUACCAAGGCACUACCCUCCAACCUCUCCAAGGUCAUUGUCUUGGACACAGACAUCACCUUUGCCACCGACAUUGCUGAGCUCUGGGCUGUCUUUGGAAAGUUUUCUGAAAAGCAGGUGAUUGGGCUGGUGGAGAACCAAAGUGACUGGUACUUAGGCAACCUGUGGAAAAACCACAGACCAUGGCCAGCUCUGGGACGUGGCUUCAACACGGGGGUGAUCCUGCUCCUGCUGGACCGCCUGCGUCGCCUGGGCUGGGAACAGAUGUGGCGGCUGACAGCAGAGCGGGAGCUCAUGAGCAUGCUCUCCACCUCGCUGGCUGAUCAGGAUAUCUUCAAUGCGGUGAUCAAGCAGGACCCAUCCCUGGUGUACCGGCUUCCCUGCUUCUGGAAUGUGCAGCUCUCUGAUCACACCCGCUCGGAGCAGUGCUACACUGAGCUCUCAGAUCUCAAGGUGAUCCACUGGAACUCGCCCAAGAAGCUGCGGGUGAAGAACAAGCACGUGGAGUUCUUCCGUAACCUCUACCUGACCUUCUUGGAGUACGAUGGGAACCUGCUGCGCAGAGAGCUUUUUGGCUGUGCCAGUCUUCCCAGCCCACCCAGGGACCAGUUGCAGCAGGCGCUGGAGGAGUUGGAUGAGGACGAUCCCUGCUAUGACUUCCGCCAGCAGCACCUCAUGCAGCACCGCAUCCACCUGUUCUUCCUGCAGUACGAGUUCCUGGCCCUUCCCAACCCCACUGAUGUCACCCUCGUGGCCCAGCUCUCCAUGGACAGGUUACAGAUGCUGGAGGCCAUCUGCAAGCACUGGGCAGGCCCCAUCAGCCUGGCGCUGUACAUGUCGGACGCCGAGGCGCAGCAGUUCCUGCGCUAUGCCCAGGCCUCAGAGGUGCUGAGCGCCCGCCGCAAUGUCGCCUACCACAUUGUCUACAAGGAGGGGCAGUUCUACCCCAUCAACCUCCUGCGCAACGUGGCCUUGGCCAACACGCAGACGCCGUACGUCUUCCUGACGGACAUCGACUUCCUGCCUAUGUAUGGCCUCUACGAUUACCUCAGGAACUCCAUCCAACAGCUGGAGCUGCCCCAGAGGAAGGCGGCUCUCAUUGUGCCAGCAUUUGAGACCCUGCACUACCGUCUGACCUUUCCCAAAUCCAAAGCAGAGCUGCUCUCCAUGCUGGACAUGGGCUCCCUUUACACCUUCAGGUACCACGUGUGGCCAAAAGGCCACGCCCCAACGGACUACGCCAAAUGGCGGACGGCCACCGUGCCCUACCGCGUGGCGUGGCAGCCAGACUUUGAGCCUUACGUUGUAGUGAGGCGAGACUGCCCCAGGUAUGACCAGAGGUUCGUCGGCUUCGGCUGGAACAAAGUCUCCCACAUCAUGGAGCUGGAUGCGCAGGAGUAUGAGCUGCUGGUCCUGCCCAAUGCCUUCAUGAUCCACAUGCCCCACGCCCCCAGCUUCGACAUCUCCAAGUUCCGCCUGAGUGCAGGGUACCGGGGCUGCCUGCAGACACUGCGGGAGGAGUUCCACCAGGACCUGUCACGGCGAUACGGGGCUGCUGCACUCAAAUACCUCACUGCCGAGAGAAGCCUGUGACGCCUGGGGACAGUGGGUGCGGGGUAUACGCAGCACACUGGAGAAAGGAGGGCACAGGGCCUCCCUCCUGCCUCUGCCUACGCCGCAGCCCAGCCCGAGGGAACGGAGUCGGCAGCACAGCCUCUCCAGCCCACCAAAGGGAUGCCUAUAGAUAAGAUGGAAAACAUCAGCUGCAAGAACAGGCAGUGCCUGCAGGUCAAGCUGCUCCAGCCUUCCUGUGUUACAGGGGAACCUCCCCAUGCCAGGGGCCAGGGCUGGGGUCUCCUCCCUUCCUUCUUUUAGCCGAUGUGGAUUCCCAGUCUUCAUUAGUUCACAUCACCUUGAGGCCUGGCUCCUCCAGAGAUUUGGGAGCUGUACCUUACUCUGUUCUGCCUCUGCUCAUUGACCCCAGGUCUCAGUCCACACAGCCCUCUGGGGCUUUGGUGAGUUGGAGAUGAGGUCGUACAGCAACCCUUUACAUCCUUUGUGGAGCAGGCUCAGAGGAAGCCUUCCAGCACCCUGGGAGGAGCAGCCAGGCAGUACUGCAAGUAGUUGGAGCCUUGGUUCAAACCCAGAUCAAGGCUGGCUGUUUAAUGGGGGGAAACGUUAUUAUUCCCCAUCUGUAUGGAUGCAGUCUCCAGUGGAGCUGGCCCCGUACAGGUGGUGUGGGAGUCACCCAGAGCAGGAUGAGCUCCCAGACCGGGAUGGGCUGUCUGCUGUCGCCAGCAGUGAGCUCCCAGGAUGGACCUGCACCUCCCAGCUGGGAGCAGCCAUGCUGGUGACAAUCCCUCUCCUGUGCUGGUAUUGCCCCACAGGGCAGGGCUGCCAGCCAUCCCCAUGGGCAAAACAGCAGCUUCAUGGGUCCCCACAGGCUGGGAGAAGUCCUGGUGAGGACUGCCUGCUCCUCCCCAGCUCUUGGCAGCACAGUUGUUGCCAUCAGCAAUCAGGGACAUGACUGACGCUGGUCAAGACCAUGGCUGGGCACUGUGGCAGGAGCCCCAUGCUGGGAGCAGCUUGACUGGACACUGUUCUACUGCUAUCACACACUGGAGCACAGAGGAUGCAUUGCUUUCCUCACACUAUUUAAAUUAUUUAAUACUUUUCUCCUAAGAAUUCAGUAAUUAGGGUUUCUGGGUUUUAUUUUUAAUCAUUUCUUCUUCCCAGAUGAUUUUGCUGGUGGCCCUGGAGGCUUUCCAGGCCAGUUGCUGCUGCAGUCUCCACUGUUCUCUUCUUAGCUUUGCUCUGGGCUGCAAGGGCCCGCUCUGUACAGGGUGAGGAUUUCCGUCCAUGGUGGGAGCAGCUAAGAGGAACCAUAGAAAGUGCGGGGUAUGGAAAGGGCACAAACGCCUCUUGCUUAUUCUCUCUUUUUAAUUUAAUUUUUAAAUUAAAGCUUUUUUAUUCUUUUUUCACAUUCUUUUUAAAACUGCCUGGUUAUUAAUUUUUCUCUGCUGUGAACCUGCACAUGUCCCCUAGAGGGAAGGCAGCAGGAGGAGAGCAAUGAAGGAGUAGCCCAAGGCACACAGGUGCCCUGCCAGCUCUGAAAGGGCUGGUGGUGCUGACUGAGGUGGGCUUAAGGCUGCAGGAUGGUUCCUGUGCUGCAGUGGGACCCCGGCAGCCUGCCUGCACAGCCAGCACCCCUGAACUGGAGCCUGGGGCAUCAUGGCUUAGGCACAGAGUCAGUUUAAUCACACCCAAGUAGAAGAAGAUGUGGUUUCAUGUGGCGGUGCUGCAGCUUGUCCUUGAGAGCCUUGACUUUAUAAGACUCUUGGGAGUAAAAGCCAGCUCUGAGGCCCCACGGGACACCAGCCUUGCAUCUGCAGGGUGGAGGACGGGGAUGGUUUGCCAAGAGCAAGUGUUGAGGCUUUAUUUGGGAAAGGGCUGUGAAGACAUUGCUCAUCACUGUGAAGCCAAGGGCAGCUCCACCUCACCAGUCCCUAGCAGGCAGCUUUUGUUUAGUACAGCAGAAGCUUACUGAUCCUGUGCCGCUGCUGCACUAAGCAAGAUCAGAGGGUUAGAUCAGAUCUAGACACUGCUAGAGACUUGGUGGAGCAGGGCUGAGAUGGAGCAGGCCUCUUCCAGAUGAUUCCUCAAUAGAUAGGAGGCAGUGCAAAUGCUGGCUCUGUGGUUGUUUGGAAGGUGUGCUGGCAUGCCUGUAGCAGGAGAGCUGUACACCAUCAUUUUCAGAUAGUCCUUCCCAGCCUAGACAGUCACUAGCCCAAAAUGUUCCUGCAAGGGUGGAGGUACUUGGAAGUAAGCCCAGCUUGGGCUGGUCUCCAUGUGCCCUCUGCCGGGCAGCAUCAGCUGGGAGGCACCCACAGAGUCAGAGCCAGAGAGAUUGAACUGAGCACAGCCCCUUUUGGAGCUAAAAUUCAUUUCUCCUAACGUAGUGCCCUUCUCCCUGCCAAGAAAAUGAGCCAGGGUGUUACACAGCCCUUGCACAGACACCCCUCCUGGCAGGCUGGGGACUUGCUAUGGGCACUGCUACAACCCCUGUGCCUGUGGGACCCACUGUCCCCUCCUGGUACAUACAGCUAAGGAGACAAGAUAUUUUACUGUGUUUUAUUUAGUAAAAUGUUAAAAUAAAUAAAUACAAAUUGAUCAGAUGCUCUGUACCCCCUCCCCCCAACUUUAAUUUGCUAAAAUCUAAACACAUUUGUACCAAAACUGAAACCACAAGGAACUUGAAGGCAGCAGAUACUGCAGAUCACUAUGAGCAUCAGGCUAAAAAAAAUAGAGAUAUUUUAAAAACCCAAACCAGUUCACAAGUGGGUGUUCUCAUGGUGUGAUUCUGUGACAACAGAGCAGUACCAGUCAGAAAGGGCAUUUUACACCAGGGCCUGCAAGGAAGGGAGAUGGGUGGGGAAUGGGACAGCACAGGUGCCACUGGCUCAUGGAGCACAGAGCCCGUGGCUUUGCCAUUAGAAACCCAACUGGGAGAGAAGCUGCCGUCAUCCUGUGCAGCACCAGGCCCGUGGCUACAGUGACAGCACUGCCAGAACUGGGGGCUGGUCACCAAAACCCCUGGAGAAAUCAGACAGACUGGGGGAGAGACCAGGCUCAGACACAGAGCCCUUCAGGGUGACCUCCUGCUCCAGGACCAUGCCAGGACUCCCACUUUACAGCUCAGUCUCAGUUUCAGCUUGGUGAAACACCAGGAGGGCACGGGGGAAUGGGACGAAGCAUGGCACACAGGUGGGGUGGUGGCAUCAAUAAAUCUACAGAGAUGGUGCUGCUGUGAUCGCAGGAAUGUGAAGCCAUGAUUGAAGCCUGAGUAUUUUCUCCUAAACAAGCAGAGAUGCCUUCACAGCCCUCCUGCCCUCAGCUGCAGACAUGGGGAGUGUUUGCAGAGUAGAGCCAGUCAGCUCCCUAAAGAAAACUGGGCAUAGGCAGCCACCCCAGUGCUGCACCAGACCUUGCAGGUGGCAGCACCUCACCACCACCUGUGUCCACUGCUGUUGACACAGCAAAGUUGUUUCCUUCCUCCACAGGAGCCUGGACAGGUCGGCACUAGCAGGCUCCCCCACUUCGUGCUGUUACCUUGCUUAAUCUUUGCUCAAUGGAGUCUGGAACACAUGCUUUGCUUCUGUGGGGCUGUGAGAGGAAGCCAAGACACCUCUGACCGUGUAAGGUGGCACUUGGGGGGACCCUGCAGCUGUAAUUGGAGUGAAGCAGCUUGUGGGACAUGACUGCUGCUGGCUCUGCUUGUGUGGGGCUGCCAGGAAGCUGCCCGAGUCUCAGAGGCUUAUGCAGAAGCAAAAACCUUCCUUAAGGAGGGUCUUGGCUGCCUGUCACAUAGGACAUCAGGAGCAACUCAGAGGCAACACACCUUCUGGAAGGGAGAGCGGACAGGUAAGACACUUCCUGGCUCUAGAGUCAAUCACUGUUUUGAUGUCAGUGAUAAUUUAAGUGAAGAAACAUCAGAGACUCUGAUUAGAAAUUACACAUUAGCCCAGAACAAGCAGAAACGUGCAGCCUCCCAUCGCACCCAGCAUGGGGCUUCUUUCAACAGUGCCUACCCCAGUGCCUGCAGCCAUGGAAAUCUGCUCUUCCAGAGUCAGAACUGCCAGUACCUGCCUCACAGAGGGGAACACGAGGCACAAAGCAAUCUCUUUCCUACCCCAGCAAUUCUGGCCCCACCCGAGACACCAAUAACAAGCUUGGAUAACAAACCAGGGGAACUGCUGCCCUUACACGUGCACAGCAUGUACCCAGUGCUGCUGCAGAAUCAAACCUCAGUGCUGGGGAUCCAAAAUCAAGGGUGGCCACAGAACACAGCCCCCGGAGCUGCCCUGUGACACUGCCUCCCUUCCCCACCUGAGCUAUAACCCCAAGGCUCUCUAAGUUCUGGUUGCUCACUGAGAAAAGUGUUCUCAGAGCACAACGGCAACAAUACUUCAUUUGUUUUCCAACAGAACAGAUGUAAGAAGGCUGGUGACAAAAGAGCAGGGAUUGGUUGAGGUUUACUUUUGCCAGUAUAAAUUUAGGAAAAAGAAAAAAGAUGCAAAAGGUGCUGAGCUGAUUGAUACUGCUCACUGCUGCUGCUGCCCUUCUGUGCCAGCUCUCCACCCAUGACAGAGCCACACUCUCAAGGCUUUUGAGUUCCCCAGGCACUCCUGAUAGUAAGCAAGUCCUUAAGUGCUUCUUCCUUUCUAGAACUAAGGACUGGGCUCAGUUUCUCCAUCUGAAGCCUUUGACACCUGCUUGGAUACCAGAAGAACCAGGCACAGAGCUUACCCCUGGUUGCACAGGAGAGCUGGACAUCUGCUUUCCCAGGAGGGUGCCCCAUGGUCUGGCCGCUCAGUGUGUUCAAGAGACAGCCCUCAGCUCCUCACAGGUUACAUUAAACUUAACACAUCUCCGUUGUUUAGCUGCACUGGUGAAAUGCCCCUUUCCAUGUGUCCCUAAAGAAACCAAAUCCUGAGAAAACAGAGAGGCAUUGCUCACACAGGGAUUUUGGCACAGAACUGCCAUAUAUGACAGCCCAGAGAGCAGGAAUCUUCCACAGAUACUCCAGGAGAUGGCUGAGAAAUACCUGAAUCACACAUCCUACUCCAUAUCAUCUUCACUCACACAGAACCCAGGGCCUCUGGGAGCUGAUGCUGGUUUCAGCCAAGCUCAUCAUAACACCUGAACUAGGAAGGUGCAACCACACCAGCAGAGCUGAACCUUUAGCUAGUUCUGGGAAUGUUUACAGCCAAGAAAAUGUUUAAUUAAUGCAGUCCAGAUUAGACUAGGCUCUAGCUGCCUAAAGGUCUGCUUGAUCUGCCUUAUCCCCAUGUUGUAGCUUAGAAGUCAAAUAAGAUUCUCAUCAGGAUGGGAUCACUCAGCAGCAGAAGCAGAGCUAGGGAUGUGCCCUCUUCCUUUUCAAACUGCACCUAAGCAGCUCUUUCUCCCACCACACCUGCUCCUUUUGGAAUACAGACCAACCCAUGUCAGAAAUUGAGGUAGGAUAAAAGAGCAGUUUUGUUCUACUCUUUCCACUCAACUUUCAAACCCUGUAACUACAGGAAUACCUGUCUACUCAGAAGGGAGACCUGUUUCACUCCUGGAUUUUUCCUACCCUCACUUUCUCACCUAAUGUCUUGCAAUGCUUUUUCUCUCUGUUCUGUUUUACUCCAUGUAAUUUUUGUUUCCUUUGCUGCUCCUGCUUUUUCUCUCUUCCUUUCCAUCUCCAGCCCUGUACCACUUCUCAAAAGAGGCUUCUGUCCUUUAAUUUGUCCCUUGCAGCAUCCACAUCUGGCCCAGGGAGAUGGGAAGCCCUGGCCUGGCUAUUCACAUGAGAUACACUCCAGGGACUUGCACAGCACAGUGAUUUCCACAGCAGCCGUGCUCCUGCCUCUGUCCCGUUCACUACUCAGGUAUUUUAGUAAUACUGACAGGGAUACAGACAGACUCUCACACAGGUAAGCUCUUGGUUUUCUGAUACAAAUCCACAAUUAAAUUAACCUCUGGGAGAGGCAUUUGUCUUUUCAGGGGUCUUUAAUUACCAAGCUUACCAGUGCAUGGUAUAAAUAAUUUUCUUUAUUGGCAAGUUGAUAAACUAUGUGCUCAGCCUAUACAAGACACAAUGAUGCAGAAAGUUCUUGUCUCAGGUAAGAAAGAAACAGGAGGGAAAUGGGAGCUAAGGGUAAAGGACAGAGAGACUCAUAGUACUUUUCAAGUAUUACAUUCCAUUCUCCAGAAGUUACAGACAGGACUGAGGCUUAAAGAAGGAUCUGAGUAAGAGAGCAAUAACCUGGAGACAAGACAUCUGCAGCUCUCACUAUUCCUGAUCCCAUCUGAUUUUUGGGUCACUCUCCGGUCCAUGUCUGACCACUGAAAACAAGGAUCCCAGCAGCAUGUCACUGCAAGGUUUGCUCACACGUCCUCAGAGACCAGUACCUAGCUGGCUGCUGGAGGGUUCUUUGGACCUUUUGCUUUCUGAAUGCCAGAAACUACAGAAUCCAUAAUGCUUGGGAAUGGACUUUGCUGAGGUAGUUUGUUGGCCCGGCAAGCCUAAGCGCCAAAAGAAUUAGCUGCACAACAAAACAUCUUGCUCUGUCUCCAGGCUCCUGAUUCCUACAUACCCGUCAGAAAUCUCUUUGCAGUAAUCCAGCAAAGUUUAACUUGCCUUGGAUCUCCAGAAUUCCAAGGGAGGACAACAGGAGGUGAAAAAGGGUCGAAACGACUCUAAAAAGACAGAAGCAACCCUGCCCAAAGGGGCAUGUCCACAAGGAAGUGUAAUACUGGAAUUUUGGUGGUUAUCUGAGCAGCUCACUGAGAGAGGCCCUCAGUAAAAGAGUGAAUUUUGGUCUAAAUAUUAAUAUGUUAUUUUAAAACCACAUUUCAUUAGAAGCAUGUAUUCAUCAUUAGUGCUUCAGAAUCAAAGAGGGCGGGGUGCAACCCAGCUGAGGAAAAGAGAGAAACAUGUGCACUGCAAAUUCACAAAUGUUUUCUGCUGUAUUCACAUCAGAAAGAAAUUUCAGAGUCUAUUUCCUGUACUGUGGGCUGCCACAGCUUGCUGGGACUAAGAGGGAAGUUUCACUCCAGGUUCUCCUGAAUGCUGACCAUGCUGCUUUUCAGGGCUGUCUCUGCAACAGUUCAGGGAAGAUGAUUUGAAGCUAAAGGGGUCAGAAUUAGGUUUCACAUUUCUAGACAUUUGGAAUACAGAUUUGCUUUCUUAAGUCUAGCAAAGAUAAAAUGCAACAUUAUUUUUUCUGCCAACAAUAAAACCAAUAGAUCUGCCCAUAAAAUUAUCACCUCUUUAAUUUCCAGGUUUUUAAUUAAUAUCCCCACUGACAGAAACCUGCUUGCAACAUAGAAAAAAGCCGUGUUUUGCUCAUGCAAAACAUUAGUUCAUCCUACCAACAUGGUAACUCCUGGCUAAUGAUGUCUUGGAAGACUCAGCCAUGCUACUCACACUUCCUUCCAAUCAUCCCUAGAAGUAUUGCUUCCUCCAUGCUUUGUACUGCAUAAACCCACUGCUGGCUCUAAACAAAGACAAGGAAAACAUCAAUGAUGAUACUAAUUCUUCUUGCCAGGUCACAGGCUCACUUUCCCACUCUCACCACAAUACACCUUUCCAGAAGUUUAAGGAACAGACGGAGAAGGGAAAAAGAAACUUCUGCAACGCUUGCUCUAUGUCUGAGCAAAGGAGCAGGGUGACUUCUUAAAGCCCUUAGCACUGGGCUGAGAGCCAGGACCACCUUUGAUACGAUAUUCCUUUGUGGUCUCAUUUCUUCCCUUAUAACAGAGAUUUAAAAGCCAC